AUGUCAACAAAAGCUGAUGUAGAUGAAAUUGCACAAGUGAUGGCAACAAAAGCUGAUGUUGCUGGAGUAAGAGAAAUGUUACAGGACAAAAUAUGCUCAGAUUUUCAGAAACCUGGAAUGUGUAAUUUUAUUGGUCUUAUAAAAGAUCAUAACAAGAAAUACCUUAAAGGAACUAGACAAUGGUUAUUUGAAAAACUCGACACUUGGUUUAACGAUAGAAGUGAAGAUGCUUCUAAUGUCAUGAUUUUGAUUGCCGGUCCUGGCGUUGGUAAGAGUGUGUUUGCUGCUGAGUUGUGUCGACGAUAUUCUGAAAAGAAGAAACUUGCUGCUUCUCAUUUCUGCAGAUAUAAUCGAUCAGAUGAGAGGAAUCCUCGAAUGUUGAUAGAAUCAUUGGCCAGUAGCAUGUGUUAUACAAUAUCAGAUUUUAAAAGUAAAUUGAAUGAAGAAUUACAGAGAAAACAUUCCUACGAAUCAGUCACCGAUGCAUUCCGUGUUUUAUUAAAUAAUCCAUUGCAUUCAUUAAAAGAUCAUAAACCAAUGCUUUUGGUUAUUGAUGCCUUAGAUGAAAGUCAAGUUGAUGGCAAAAGUGAAUUGUUGGAAUUGAUUGCAGAAGAGUUUGACCGACUGCCUAAAUGGAUUAAAAUCUUCAUCACCAGUCGUCCAGAACUUCCUGUUCAAAGGAAGUUGAAAGACAUGAAUCCUGUGGAAAUUACAACUCAUCCUCGUGAUGAAAACAACGAAGAAGACUUGCACAAGUAUUUGAGACAUGAAUUGAGUCAUCCGGCCAAGAAAAAUAGUGAUGAUGCUUCCCUGUCAAUAAUUAAAAAAUUGAAGGCCUUAGUUUUGGGACAUCAGUCAAAGGAUUUGGUGCAGGAAGAUCUUUACGAGUCAUUAGUUGAUAAAUGUGAGGGAUCAUUUCUUUAUGCGUAUUACGCACAACUGAACUUGAAGGAAGAAAAUAUUGAGCUUACUUACGAAAACAUUCAACAAUUGGUCCCUAGUGGGUUAAGCGGUUUUUACACAAAGCAAUUUAAAAGAGUAAAAGAAUUGUUAACGAAGGAAAGUCCCAGAAAUUCUGUUAUCUCAGAAACUACUUUCAUGCAAUUUCUUGAAUUGUUGGCUGCCUGUCUUGAGUUUUUACCAUUAACUUUACUGUUUAGCUAUUUAGGUUUUUCUGGUGACAUCAAGUUUGAAGUCCGCAGUAAAAUCAUUGAACUGUUAUCUCAAAUUUUGCCAGUUUACGAUGAUUGUUUAACCGUGUAUCACCAAUCUGUAAUUGAUUGGUUGAAAUCAGAUGGCUACGAACAGGAUGAGUUUACAGUUAAUCCAAAAAAUGGUCAUAAGUUCUUAUGGCAGGCUUGUGAGAAAGUGUUUAAACAAAUUAAGUGGAUGAACAUUUUUAGAGAUCAGAUGAACACUGCUAUGAUUCAAUAUGCUUUGAAGAAUGGAAUCUAUCAUAUGUCAAAAUGUGGCGAAAAUGUUGACUUUUGCUGGGCAGUUGAAAUCAAAGUGAUUUUUGCGAGGUUAAUGUGUGUGGAAGACAUUAACGCGGAUACCAUUAGGUCUGAAUUGCUUGAAAUCAUUAAGGAACGACGUACUUUCUUGAAAAAAGAUGUACUUGAGGAACUACUAUUUCAUUUGUUUAUGACAAUGAGAUAUGACUCAUCGUUACCCGAUGGCUUAGCUUAUUUACAAAUUAUUGCAAACGGAAUUGAUAGCAAAAACGAAAGAAGAUUAUUGGCAAGGGAUGUAUUAAAACAAGGAGAGUUUUUUUGGUUUGAGGAUCUAGACUCAACGUAUUUAACAAACCAUCAUCAUUUGACUGUCUCCUUGCGUGCUAACGUUACAUCUCUUUGUGUGUCGUCCAAUGAAGAACUUCUUGCUGUAGGAUAUGAAAAUGGUGAAAUAUCUAUUUUUGAACUUCCAGACUUCAAACAACGAUGCACUCUCGGCACUGCAUUCGAUGAUUCAAGGUUGGAUAAGUGGGAUGAUAAAAACAAAAUUAUCUCCCUGUAUGACAACUGUGGCUAUCCAACAUUAAAGAACUUUGGUUUUGGACGUGGAAAUAUCUGUUGUUGCUCCUUUUCACCUACCGGAAAUAGACUGGUAACUAGUGAUGGAUCUACUGAAGUAAAGUUGUGGGAUGUUAACAAUGGACGUUUGUUAUUAUGUUUACAGUCAGAUGCUGUCGUUAAUCGUUGCUCUCUGGUUUGUUUAUUACAGCAAGAUAUAGAACAUUACAAUGAACUUCCUAAAGAUGUGUUCACUGCAUGGAAUUCAUUAACUUUGCAAAGAAUCGAUCGACGCUGCGUUGUUGAUUACCAAGAACUACAAUGCACCGAUAAAUAUUCAGAGUUGUUUAGUGCAGAAUUCGUCGAGACUUCCCAGAAUGGAAAGCUUUCUGAAAUCACUCAGUUGACAAAAUACAACGAGCAAGGAGAAAUCGAGUUUUGUUUACCAUAUGUUAGGUGUCCAUGUGUUGAUAGGACUCUUAACGAAGUCCAUCCAAUCUCGUUUAAGGAAUUUUACGUUGUGCCGUAUCUUUCCAAGCUUAAAAUUUUCAAAACUGAUCAUCUUUGGAGACCUUCAGUUAUCUUUGAGAAACUGAAAAUUAAAUGUUGUUGUUUUCACCGGAUGGAUCUUUUGGCUGCUUUCGCUGUUGGUGACCACGUCAACAUUCAUAUUUGGAGCAUUGAACGUUGCACUAUCAUUCAAACUGUACCAAUGCAACUGAACAAUGCAUUAGGAUGUUGGUGGUCAGAUGGUUUACUGUGGAUAUGGGAUGGUUCAGAUCAUCUUACGAAGAUAUCAACUUCAUCUGAAAAUUUUGUAGAUUCUACUCAAGCAAACAAUUAA